CACAAUGCUCGAAUAGUCUCGCUUAUAGUAUAGCGCACCCCAAAUGCAAAAAGGGUUUUGGUGAGAAAAUUACAAUGCCUAUCACAUCCACACAACCCCCCAACCCCCCAACCGAGAAUGGGUCAACGGGUGCGAUCGAAGAAGUGCUUCAAGUGGUCCGAAUGCACAUUCUUUAGGGCCAAAUCGCUAUUGGCUAUGUUGAACCUACUGGAGGAUAGGGCUUCAGUAACCCUGAAGGGUUGGGACCAGCGUGGUCGAAAUUUUUUUGACACCGCGGACAACGCGGUGUGUGCCAACGGUGCCUUGAGUAGAACAGCGUCGCCUACUUGGAAACUGGGCUGGAGGUGUACUGUUAGGUCUAUGCUCCAUCACCUUUUAAGCUGCUGCCUUCAUUUGUUGGAUCAGAUGAUUCUUUUGAUCCGAUGUGGAUUGCUCUUCUUCUCCUGCCCAGGUCUGCGGGUAGUAUGGGUCUCGUCCGAAAAAGAGGAAGUGUGGAGUCUCCUUUGUGGUUUCGUGGACAGCGCUAUUGUAGGCCCAGCGAAGGUGACGUAUUCAUCUAUCCCAUGCUUGUCCGUCUUGACAAUAACUUGCAAUCAUGGUUCUCAGUGUCCGCAUCAUUCUUUCAACUUGCCCAUUGGAGGACGCAUGGUAUGCAGGAGAAAAUAUGUUUUGUGAACCUAGCUGAGACAAGAGUGUUUGCAACCACGCACUGGAGAAGGGUGGACCGUUGUCCGAGAGGAUCUCU